AUGCGCAAGGAGGCGCGGCUGCGGGUGGAGGAGGUGGUCAGCCGCUACGGCAACGGGGACCGGCACAACAUCUUGAGUCCCAGAUCGGUUCGUGACGAGAUCAAGGAGUUUGUGGUGAACCGGCUGCCCUUCGCGGACAAGAGUCGGACGGGUCUCGUUCCUCUCGACAACGAGAACGACAGAAGAAACGGGAGCACGGACGAGACAGAAGAAGCUCUCACGGCGCUGCGUGUUGAAAUACUUAGUAAAAAUGUGAGCAACCCUGCGCCAUGCCCUCGUGCAGAGGGCAUGGCGCCGGCACCGCUGAUUGCAGAACUCACAUGGCCAACAUCUGCGAUACGUGCAACGACGGGUACCACAGAAACGGAGACGUCUGCGCCGCAAAUAUUUGCACGUGCACGAACGGCGUCGGGGCAACGCUGA